ACGGGUCUGCCUCUGUGGAUGCUUGGCUUCAGCGCCGACAGGUUGCGAGCCGACAUGAACCGCUUACUCGCCCUACUCUUCCACCAAGGAGUAUUAGACGAACAAUUCUUGCAGCUACAACAGCUUCAAGAUGAAAGCUCACCAAAUUUCGUAUCGGAAGUAGUGAACAUUUACUUUCAAGAAUCGGAGCGGCUGUUGAAAAACCUAAGAGCGUUGUUAAUUGAGAGAGAGCUGAGUGAUUACAAGAAAAUGGGAAACCAUUUGAAUCAGCUUAUGGGGAGCAGCUCAAGCAUUGGAGCUAACAGAGUCAGAAAUGUUUGCAUUGCAUUUCGAGCCAAUUCUGAACAAAGCAACCGUGCUGGGUGUUUGAGAGCAUUGGAGGUUCUUGAACACGAGUAUUGUUAUUUAAAGAGCAAACUUCACGAGCUGUUUCAGAUAGAGCAGCAAAGAGUGUUGGGCGCAGGAGUUAGGUACCCAAUGCAACAGAAUUGA